UUCCAGUGAAAUGCACCCCAUCCGACCAGUCGCCCUACCCCCAACCGACAUACCCCGCCCACCGGGGGGCGGCCCGCCAGAUGUUCGGGUCGGGCUCGCUCCGCCCCCCCGGCCACAAGCCAAUCAUCUACGCCACCGGGCAGCGCCAGCACGGCCCGCGGACCACGCCCAAUCCGCUGCCGUACCACGCCCAGCAGCGAGUGCCGGCGCUGCAGCCGUACCCCAUUCUGCCCAUUCACAUUCCGAUGGAGGAGUACCAGCGGAUGGCCAAGGGGAUCGGAUAUCCAAUGGUGGAUUUGCCCCCGAGAAGCGACAGACCUUCCAACAGGGGCGGACUCUACGUGGGUGGCCUCUACGGGGGCCGCCCUGAAUACUACCAGGGCCGGCCCAACCACGGGCUCUCCAACGGCCGGUACCCUUACGACUUCGGGUUCCUCAUAGGGAAAGGGCUUCCAGCCGAUUACGGAUCGUCUCCAGGGUUAGGCCAAUAUCCGAUUCUUCCAAGGCAUGGUGAUUACGAUGAUAUGAGUGACAACUACAAUCUGAAGCAACCUGAAGAAGAUGAAGACGAAUUGAAGCUUCUGCCAGACCAGCACCUGCCAGUUUGUGACAGAGUAUGCAAAUAUGGAGAAAUCUUGUGCCAUAAUGGUUGCAGCUGCUUCAAAGAUGAAAUCAGGUGCAAUGGCAAGAACGAGUGUGGUGACAAUGAAGACGAAAUAGACUGCGAACACCACGAAAUCAAAUGUGACGAUAAGAAUAACUUCAUUUUGUGCCCUAGGACCAACAGGUGCAUCUCCAAAGAUUGGCUUUGUGAUGGAGAUGAUGAUUGCGGAGACUACUCCGAUGAGACUCAUUGUGGAUAUACCAUGAAUUGCACGAUAGAUCAAUUCCAAUGUGAAAAUGGGCUAUGUAUUCCGAAACUAUGGACCUGUGAUAAUGACAACGAUUGCAAAGAUUUCUCUGACGAAGUGAAUUGUACGAAAAUGGGGUGUGCUAUUAAUGAAUUUGAAUGUUCGGAUACAACCUGUAUUUCCAUCAGCUGGAAAUGUGAUAGACAUAGAGAUUGUACAGAUGGUUCAGAUGAAAAUGAAUGUGAUAUAACUCCACCAUAUUGUAACGAAAAUGAAUUUCAAUGCGCAAGUCACAAAUGUAUAAAACAGGAAUUCAAAUGUGACGGUGACGAUGAUUGUGAAGACUGGAGCGAUGAAGAAGAUUGUCCAAAGAUACCUGGAACAUGCGUAGCAGGCGAAUUCAAAUGCAACAGCGGCAAAUGCAUUCCAGAAAGGUACAGAUGUGAUAAACAGCAAGAUUGUGAUCAAAAUGAAGACGAAGAUAAUUGCGACUAUAAUGUAACCAAAACGUGUUCUGCGGAUGAGUAUACUUGUGAAAAUGGAGCAUGCAUAUUGAAAACUUGGGUUUGUGACGGAUUCAACGACUGUCCAAUGGGAGAAGACGAAUCAAAGUGUGAAAUAGUAUGCGAGGCAUCCAAAUUCCCAUGCAGCGGAAUAGGACUGAACGACACAGCUACAGAAUUCUGCAUCAAUAAGAAACACAGAUGCGAUGGACAGAAAGACUGUCCCAAAGGAGAAGACGAGAAAAAUUGUCCGACUAAAAGAGAAUGCGAACACAACACCCACUGUAAACAGCUAUGUGUCAACACAGCUGACGGGAAGAAAGGCUGCUCUUGUUUGAAUGGAUACCAACUUGCAAGUGAUGGAUUCAACUGUGAAGACAUCAACGAAUGUAUGUACGCUACUGAUCCAGUGUGCUCACAAACAUGCAAUAACACCAUAGGAAGUUUCAAGUGUGGAUGUAUGACUGGAUACAUCCUAAGACCAGAUCUAAGGACUUGUAAGGCAAUGGGAGCGCCUCCCACUUUACUGUUCGCCAAUAGAAUGGACAUCCGACAGGUUUCUCUGAGUAACUCGAAAUACACAGCCCUACUCAAAGGCCUACACAACGCCAUAUCCUUGGACUACCAUUACACGAAAGGGUACAUUUUCUGGUCGGAUGUAUCCAUGGACGUUAUAAGACGAGCUAAUAUCAAUGGUACAGGAACUACAGAUAUAAUCAAAUCUGGUUUGGAGUCACCCGGAGGAGUAGCUUUGGACUGGAUCCACGACCUUAUCUUCUGGACGGAUUCAGGCACCAGAAGAAUAGAGGUAGCUUCUCUUGAUGGACACCAAAGAGCGAUUAUAGCUGCGAGUGACGUCGACAAACCGAGAGCUAUAGCCGUACACCCUGGAGAAGCUCUCGUCUUCUGGACCGACUGGGGCCCCAAUCCGAAGAUAGAACGCUCGGAAAUGGAUGGCACCAACAGAAGGAGCAUCGUCACUGAAAGUGUGUUCUGGCCGAACGGACUGACCCUAGACUACACCUCAAAUCAACUUUACUGGGCCGACGCUAAGCACAACGUAAUUGAAACGGCCAGUUUCGAUGGUUCGAAUAGGAAAAAAGUGAUCAGUAAAGGUUUGCCACAUCCUUUUGCCAUAACAAUAUUCGAGGAUGCUAUUUUCUGGACAGACUGGCACACUAAAGCUAUCUCGACUGCUAACAAAAUAACUGGCGCCGGACUGCGUACUAUCCACUCGCAGCUGCACUUUCCCAUGGACAUACACAGCUACCACCCACAAAGACAGCCUAGUUACCCGAAUCGAUGCGGUACCAAUAAUGGAGGCUGUGCCCACAUGUGCUUGCCCAACAAAAGUUCUCACACUUGCGUUUGUCGUAUGGGACAGAAGCUGAAGGCAGACAAGAAGAGCUGCCAGAAACCGGACAAAUUCUUGUUGUUCGCGAGGAAAAAGGAUCUGAGGCUAAAGUACCUGGAUACCAACUCCCAGCACCAGUACGAAAUGGUGAUACCUGUAGAAGGUAUAAAGUCAGCCGUUGCCAUUGCAUGGGACUCGAAAACGGAUUUCAUUUACUGGACGGACGUAGAGCGUAACUCCUUGAACAGAGCAUUCUGGAACGGUACAGCACAAGAAGUACUGAUGCACUACAACAUGAUUUCUCCAGCUGGUAUUUCUCUGGACUGGGCCACUGAUAAAAUCUACUGGACCGAUGCUGGUACUGACAGAAUCGAAGUUGCCAACGCGAAUGGUACCAUGAGAUCCCUACUUAUCUGGGAGGAGUUAGAUAAGCCUAGAGAUAUCGUUGUUGAUCCACAAGGUGGACUGAUGUACUGGUCAGAGUGGGGGGAAAAGCCGAAGAUAGAACGAGCUAGCAUGGAUGGAACUAAUCGCAUGGUCAUUGCCAGCAUCAAUCUCACCUGGCCAAAUGGUUUGGCUGUGGAUCAUUCGGCUAGCAAGAUCUAUUGGACAGAUGCUGGAUCAAGGAGCAUAGAGUGUGCCAACUUGGAUGGUUCUAACAGAAAAGUCCUGCUAGGUGGUAGCAGCAUACCUCACCCUUUCGGCCUAGACAUCUUCGGCAACCACAUCUACUGGACCGAUUGGGAUACAAAGAACAUAGAGAGAGCUAAUAAGGUGACAGGACAAAAUCGAACAGUACUCUCGAAUAAUAUGAAUGAUCUAAUGGAUGUGAAAGUAUUCCAUAGGACCAGGAAAACUAUCAGACAUCCAUGCAGCAACAAAAAUGGGGGAUGCACCCACGUCUGUCUUCUAAGACCCAAAGGACAUUCUUGUGCUUGUCCAACAGGAAUAAAACUAGCGGAGGAUGGCAAAACUUGUGCUGCUGGACCAGUCAAUUUUCUGAUUCUUGCCCACCGGAUGGACAUCAGAAUUAUUUCUUUGGACGUUCCUUACAUGGCAGAUGUUGUGUUGCCUUUGCCACAGUUGAAGCUAGCAACAUCCGUCGAUGUCGAUAGGAAAACUGGGGAAAUAUACUGGACUGAUACAGCUGAGGAUACCAUACAGAAAGCGACACCAGAUGGGAAGAAGAUUGAAGUGAUAAUCAUGCAUGAAAUGGAGACACCUGAUGGCAUUGCCAUAGAUUCAACAGGACGGAAAAUAUACUGGACAGACGGACAAAGAAAUAGUGUGGAAGUGGCAGAACUUGACGGAAAGAAUAGGAAAGUUUUGUUCCAUAGAGACCUAGACAAUCCCAGAGCUAUCACCUUGCACUAUCACCACGGUUUGAUGUUUUGGUCAGACUGGGGUAAACAGGCGAAAAUCGAAGUGGCACACAUGGAUGGAAACAACAGAAAAACCCUGAUAUCCAAGAAACUCAGCUGGCCCAAUGGGCUCGCCAUAGACAGACCCUCCAACAGGCUCUACUGGAACGACGCCAAGCUGAACACGAUUGAAUCCAGCGACCUCACCGGGAGAGACAGAAAGCUGAUCCUCACCAACGUACCUCACCCGUAUGGGCUGGUAGUGGUCGGAACCCACAUCUAUUGGACUGACUGGCAAACCAGGGCGCUACAUCGAGCUGACAAGAAUUCGGGAGCAGACAGGACCAUCAUCAGAGACAAGCUAGAGGGUCUGAUGGACGUGCGAUCCGUCCAAAGCGACAACAUAGCAGAAAACGCUUGUGGGACUGACAACGGCGGUUGCUCGCACCUGUGCUUGAGGAACCCCGACUCCUACACUUGCGCAUGCCCCACAGGACUGAGCAAGUCGAAGAAUAACGACAAACACUGCGAGCUGAUACCUCAAACCUUCCUGUUGAUAGCCACGAGGUACGCCUUGAGCCAGAUCAGUCUGGAUACUGACGAUGCCUGGGAUACUACUUUACCCAUCGACGAGAUCCACAACGCCAUAGCUGUGGACUUUCACUGGGAGAAGAAGAUGAUUUUCUACUCAGACAUCCAGAGGAAUGUGAUACAGAGUGUCUGCAUGUACAAUCUGUCUGAUGUGAAGACGGUUGUCAGCAGAAACCUGAGUACACCAGAUGGAAUAGCUGUGGACUGGAUAGCUAACAAUAUUUACUGGACCAACACUGGCAACAAGGUUAUAGAGGUAUCCAGACUGGAUGGUUCUAAUCGCAAAACGAUCAUAAAAGAGUUCCUGCACGAUCCCCGGUCUAUAGUAGUGUUUCCGAAGAAGGGCUUCUUGUUCUGGACGGAUUGGGGAGUUCCUAAGAUAGAAAGGGCACACCUGGAUGGGUCCAGAAGAAGGGACCUGGUCAAGACUGAAAUGACAUUUCCCAUUGGCUUGAUGAUCGACUACGUGGGCAGAAGGUUGUACUGGGUGGAUGCGAAACUGAAUAACGAGAGAAUCGAGACGACUGACUUGCAUGGGGGUAACAGGGUUAUACUGAACAUUCAAGCUUCACAUCCUUUUUCUCUCACACAAUACAAAGAGUAUAUAUAUUGGACAGACUGGGUGCAGAAGACUGUUAUAAGAGCAGAGAAGACCACGGGUAAAGACGCAAUCGUUGUAAGACCCCAACUGGAUGCAGCUAUGGGGGUGACCAUGGUUACAGAAGAUAGACAACAGGGUUGGAACCCGUGUGCUGUAGAUAAUGGUGGAUGCAGUCAUAUGUGUUUGUUUAAAUUGAAGAACUAUACCUGCGGAUGUCCUGAUGAGUUCGACCCCACUUGUAAAACAGAACCUAAUUAUGUUGUCUCUUCGAAGUGUCCGACUGGUAGUAAUUUCAAAUGCGAGGAAGAAGGAGAAAACGGCGAUUACGACGAAGAAGUGAAGAUCUACGAUCCGUACGAUAACAGCAAUUUAGAAGAUGAUACGGAAGCGAAGUCGUCUGACCAUUCGACGACCUUCUAUAUCAUGACGUUGGUUCCCAUGCUUUUCAUCAUAUUGGUUUGCGUUAUUCUGGUAACUUUUUUGUUGAUCAAAAAGGGAAAAAAGAAGUAUCUGUACGGAGCCAGUAGAAGUUUUUCGAAUCCCAAUUAUUACUCGCCUAAUAACGAAGCAGGACCUGCACAGAAUACUGGAAAAUUUAUUUGGAAGAGGUUGAAAUAUGACAAAUCUCAGGAGCGAGUUUACGAAGAAACAGUUGGAAUAAGUAGUCCGGAAAUAGCCAGUCUGAUACCGACAAUUUUGACACCUUGUAGUUCGAACUGCGAAACAUUCACACCAGAAAUCGAAAGAUCACCAUCAAUAACCCCACUGCACAAAACUGAAGUCAUCGAGUCUGUUUCCUGA